AUGUCAUCAAUUAAACCAAUUGAUUCAACUUCAAUACAUAAAAUUUGUUCAGGUCAAGUAAUUCUUGACUUAGCAAUGGCUGCGAAAGAACUAGUUGAGAAUAGUUUAGAUGCAAAAGCAAAAACAAUUGAAAUAAGAUUCAAGGAGUAUGGUCUCCAAUCUAUAGAAGUAAUAGAUGAUGGAACUGGAAUACAUGAACAAAAUUAUGAAAGUCUUGCACUUAAGCAUCAUACAUCAAAACUUUCAAAUUUUGAGGAUUUGUUAGAUAUUGAAUCUUUUGGUUUUCGGGGCGAGGCUUUAAGUUCAUUGUGUGCUCUAUCAAAACUUACAGUAACUACAUGUACUGAAGAAAAUGUCCCAACAGGAGCAAAAUUAGAUGCAAGAACCAAAUUACUAAGUACAAAUGGGACAAAUAAUAACAUUAAAGAUAAUAUUAUUAAUUUAUUUGGUUCAAAGUUAUUUGAUCAUUUGAUCACAUUGGAUUUGAAGAUUUCAUUUAAUAUCAAUAACAAAAAAAUAAAUAAGAUAUCUUCUGGAAAUUCAGAAAAUCAAAAUGAAGAUCUUAAAUAUAUAAAUAUUUUUGGUUAUAUUUCUAAACCUAUUAAAGGUUGUGGUCGUGGAUCUAAUGAUAGACAAUAUUUUUACAUUAAUGGAAGACCUUGUAAUUUACCAAAGAUUUCUAAAGCUUUCAAUGAAAUAUACAAGAGCUUUUACACAAAUCAAUGCCCAGUUAUAAUUGCUGAUUUCAAGCUUACAAAAUAUUAUUCACUAGAUGUCAAUGAUGAAACAACAUCUAAUACCAUUGACUUGGAUCAAAACAAAGAUGUUGAUUCUGAUUUACAAAAUAUUAUCAGAUGUGAUUCUAAUCUACAAAAUGUUAGAAAUAGUUCUAAUAGACCAAAGAUUAAUGUUGACUUUAAUUUUGAAACAUUCAAAUUGAAAAAAAAGAAAAAUUUUAUUUCAAAUUAUGAGUCAAAAGAAAUUAUUAAUCAAUCCAAAACUGAUAAUGAAAAUUAUUUAAAACAUGCAGGAAUUCUUGUUCGAGAUAAUGUAAUUGCUGAACAAGUAUUGGAAAAAGUUAUAACAAAAAAGGAUUUUUCAUUGAUGGAAAUAAUUGGACAAUUUAACCGUGGAUUUAUUAUUACUAAACUUUGGAAUUCUGAUGAUGGCUUUGAUUUAUUUAUUAUUGAUCAGCAUGCAUCUGAUGAAAAAUAUAAUUUUGAAACUUUACAACUUCACACUAAAAUACAAACACAGCCACUAAUAAGUCCAAGAGCACUUCAACUGACAGCAACUGAAGAAUUAACAGCAACUGAAAAUCUUGAUAUAUUGCAAUCUAAUGGAUUUGAAUUACUAGUUGAUUUAGAUGCACCCCCAACUAAUAGAGUGAAGUUAAUAGCACAACCUAUCAUUAAGAAUAUGAUCUUUGAAAUUAAAGAUUUAGAAGAAUUGAUUCAUAUGCUGUCUGAAAAUCCAAGAACAUUAGUUAGAUGUUCUAAAGCAAAAAAAAUGUUUGCAUCCAAAGCCUGUCAUAAAUCUGUCAUGGUAGGUGAUGCUCUCAACAAACAACAAAUGACAAAG